CCAUUUUUCCCAAUCAGCCACAAGAGCAUUGGUGAGGGUGAUAAGGUCUGGCUCCCAGUUCAUCCCAAAGGGAAUAUGAUCAGGGCUCUGUGCAGACUGCACUGACCUAGUGAAGUUCCUGAUCCUGCGGGGCUCCUGGGUGAACCAGAAGGGCCACUACGGUCGCUGUCCCCUCCACAAGGCCUCGGGGCUGGGCAAAGCGGCGUUGGUGACUCUGCUGCUGCAGGCCGGAGCACAGCCAGACCCUCGCUGCAACUUAGGCCUCAUGCCGCUGACACUGGCCGCUCAGGGAGGACACCUGGAGGGGAUUCUACUGAGUAGAGGGACGGACAUCCAGUCCCAGGGACAGGACAAAGAAUCCAUCUUGUACGAGGCAUCUUUGUCUGGAGAUCCAUCUGUCAUACGUCAUUUGCUGGACAACGGCGCCGACGCCAACAUCAUCCAACAUACAGGACGCAUGCCGAUUCACAGUGUUGCACGCCAAGGAUACCUGGAAGCUCUGAAGUUGCUGAUUCCAGUCACUUCUAUCAAAGAAGUAAAUAACAGUGGGAUGAGUCCUCUACACUCUGCUGCUGCAGGAGGACACCCACACUGCAUCAAGGCCUUGCUGGAUGCAGGUUAUGACCCCAACUAUAUGCUCCAUCCCUGGGUUCAACGUAGCUAUGACGACGAGAGGAAGUCUGCGCUCUUCUUCGCAGUCUCCAAUAAUGACGUGCCAUCAGCCAAACUGCUGCUGGAGGGCGGGGCCAUGGCCAACCAAGACCCAAUCAAAUGUCUUCAGGUUGCACUGCGUUUGGGAAACUAUGAGCUGAUUGAUCUGUUGCUGAGGUUUGGAGCCAACGUCAACUAUUACUGCAAAGUAAACACAACACACUUCCCUUCCGCUCUGCAGUACGCGCUCAAAGACGAGGUGGUCCUCAGGAUGCUGUGUAACUAUGGUUAUGAUGUGGGGCGCUGCUUUGACUGUCCCUAUGGCAGCGGCUCCCACAUCCCUGAAGGCUAUGAGGGAUGGACCAACUCUGUAAUCAAAGACAGCUUGUUCUGUGAGGUGAUCACUGUCUCCUGGCUGAAGCACCUCUCAGGUCAGAUGGUUCGCAUCCUGUUGGACUACGUGGAUCAUGUGACUUUGUGCUCCAAGCUGAAGGCGGCUGUGAUGGAACAGAAGCAGUGGCCCGACAUCUGUAGGCUGCAAGAGAACGUCCGUUGUCUGCAGCAUCUCUGUCGUCUGCGGAUACGUUGUUGUCUUGGUCGCCGGCGUCUCCGGUUGCCCUUCUUCAUGAGCUUCCUGCCAUUGCCUGGGCGACUGAAGGACUACAUCCUGUACCGGGAGUACGAUCUGUACAGCCGGCAGAGCAACUGCACAGCAGCAAGUCAGGGUGAUGCAGAAGUGAGGAGACAGACAAAAUUCAAAGAAAGUAGUUGAAUAUGAACACGCAAACAUAUAAAAGGAUGGCAACAACAAAUACUUGUCUUAUAUUUGUUUCAGAUCCCAUUUUGUCAGAUUUUAUUUAGUACUUUUAUUUUAUCACCAAAUUUGUACUUUAUCACAAUUUAAUAGUGAUUUUUAUUUAAUGGAAAUUAUCAUUAAAGUCCACAGAUUCUGUUAGAAUAACGGAUUGAAAGCUUUAAAUGGAGGAUGGUGCUUAAAACCAUGGUUCUUCCAAGGUUACCUGCAAGGUAACAUGUGCCAUCAUCAUUGCUUUGCACACAGAGAGCUUCACAGGCAAAAACAUUGCUGCUAGUAAGAUGCACCUAAAUCAAUCAUUUAUCAGAUCAUCGAGAACUUCAAAGAGAAAGGUUCAGGAUGCAGGAUUGCACACCACCAGUGCAGAGGAAUGUCAGCAGGCAAGGCAGGUGUAAGUGCAACUACACACGCAGUGAGGCGAAGACUUUUGGAGGAUGGCCUGGUGUCAAGAAGGGCAGGAAAGAAGCCACUUCUCUCCUGGAAAAACAUCAGGGACAGACUGGUAUUCUGCAAAAGGUACAGGUACCUUCCGAUUGUUUGGGGCAACCGGAAUAAAGCUUGUCCGGAGAAGACAAGGUUAGCGCUACUAUCAGUCCUGUGUCAUACCGACAGUAAAGCAUCCUGAGGAUUCAAAUCACAUCACAAAAUGAGCCAUUAAAAUACAUUUUCAAAACUAGUAACACCUAUCUAGCUAUCUUCAAGUAAAGUAAUCACCUCAGGCUAUACCAAACGGAAUAAAACAAUACUGUGAAUACCCAAAAUCUACAUUUUCAUUUUUAUUUGUUGCACGUAUAUAUAAUGUGAAGAUUUUGACAUUUAU